CUCUGAUUAGUCGACAACCAACAUUAGACAAAACCGGCAGCAUCCAUGGAACAAUUACUCAGCACAGAGGAAUGUCGAUUAAUAGCACAACGCACACUUCAAUUAAAAGAAGACGAUGACAAUUUAUUGCUAUUGGAUUGGCAACUAAAUCCAGGUGACAAGGAUUUGAUGGGCUACAUGGGUGAAUACUACAAACUGCAUUUGCAAGUGCAACAUCAAAAGUUGAAGAUCCAACAAGAGUUGCAUUACUUUGUCAAGAGUUUGCCAUACAAUAAUCCACCACAAAGAGCCGAAUGCGAGCGCAAAGGAGUUUUUCGCAAGGAAACAACUAUCUACAAGGAUAUAUUACCUAAUGUGCAGCGUUAUGCAAGUCGAAAACUAUAUCCAAAGUGCUACUACAGUCGAGAUGAUGUGAUGGUGUUGGAGGAUCUCACGCAGAAUUUUAGACACCUCAAUCCCACAGAGAGUUAUACUUUGGAUCAUUACAAGCUAGUUUUGGAGCAUUUGGCAGCACUGCAUGCAGCCAGCAUUGCCUGGGAAGAACGGGAAAAGUUCAACAUAGGUGAACGCUUUCAAAAUGUGCUCUUCGAACUAUUUCUGAGCAUCGAGAAUGAAUGGUGCCAAACGGGCUUAAAGGGCAUCGUUUUUCUGGCUUCUCGUCAUCCAAAAUAUCAAACACCGGCUGCUCAAAAGUUCAUCAAGGAGCAACUCUUCCAACUGCUGAGUCAAAGUCAGGAAUUAGUUAAAGCCUCGAGCAGCAUAAGAAAUGUGCUCUGCCAUCGCGACACUUGGGAUCGAAAUAUAUUCUUUGGUUUCGCCCAGCCCACAGAUAGCUUGCCACAAUCGUGCUGCAUAGUCGACUUUCAGUUGGCCGAAUAUUGUUCUCCGCUUCUCGAUGUGCUCUUUCUGCUCUACAUUGUGCCCACGGCAAGUCAACGACGAGAGAUCUACGAUGUCUGUUUAGAGCACUACUUCAAGUGUCUCCAAGCAGAAUUUCAACGACUUGGACUCUCAGCUGAUACAAUUAGUAGAGAUAGCUUUUUGGCCGAGUGUCAACGAACUCGUCUGGUCGCCUUGACCAUGUGGGCUUUAACGGAACCGCAGACGAAAGUCUCGGCAGAUAUCACGAAUCGCAUGCGCGCUGAGGAACCGGAUAAAUUCGACUAUUAUCUGAACUCUGAUCGUAGCGAUUUUUAUUUGCGAGUGAUAAAACUACAGCCCGGCUACGAAGAGAAGAUAAUGCUGCCCAUUGAGGAAUUAGUUGAUUACGUCAUGGAAAAAGCAUAUAAUAUACAAUAGAUUAAACAAGUAAGAAAGCUAUAGUCGAGUGUGUUCGACUGUGAGAUACCCCAAUACCCAUUUUGAAUAAA